AUGAUAAGCACAGACGCCGAGCACCAUGUUGGAUGUCCUGUACGCAGAACGAAACCCACAGCCGCCCUUCUUCAGCAUGCCGAGAAGGCGGCACUGCCAUCCCAAACCAAGGCGAUUAACAAAUUCCAUGCCGCAGAGGCUGCCAAGUGUGCCGUUGAACAUAUCUCCACUUCAUCCCCCACUGAAACUGCAAAAUCACCAUCUCCCACGCCAUCAACACCAUCUACUGUCAACACCUGCAAAAGGGUGCACCCUGAAGACUCCUCUGAUGGAGAAUCUGCUGAUGAUGAGCGUGAAAACGCACGUACUAAUCCCAAGCUUCGAAAGCAGCGCAAAUUGGCUGUUGUCCCAACCAAGCCAGAAUCAGUUGACGCUGAUGGUAUUCUAAUUGAUGUCGACGUUCAAUCUCUCGCAGAACCAGUGUUGACGCAAGAAGCCAAAACAGCCGAUAUCGACACUUUUUUUGGUGCUACCUUUGAUCAUGCAGGGGCCAAUGGGAAGGUGAAAAAGCACAGGAAGUGCAAGAUGUGCCCGAAAGCAUGUAUUCUUGUUAACAAAAUAUCUACCCUCCGUCAUCAUGCUGAGGCAAAGUUCUCUGGCAAAUAUCGGAAAUGGGCCAAAGAACAUUCAUUCGAGUCAAUGCUUCCUGGUGACGUCAAGGCCCACAAGGACAAUGCCACGCAGCAGAGCAUUAAUACGCAUCUGACUGAGCGGAAACUUGCUGAAAAAGUGGUUUCAUAUUUGGAUAAGUUAUUCAAACAGGCCGCAAUCGAGUAG